AACUGCAGCUUGAGUCAGAGGCUGUGGAGGUGGCAGGCGGCACGGCGGCUCGGGCUGGCAGAGGAGGCUCGUGGUGUGAGCACUUGCUGGGUCCGGGAGGCAGCGCAGAGAGAAGUGAGGCUGGGGCCGGCAAGCAGGUGACCCCGCUGAGCGACCCCUGGCGCCUGUCCCCCCCGGGAGGAACGGGGGCGGAGAACCCCGGGGUACCCAGUGCUCAUCGAGCCAUCCAACAAGAGACACUGACCCAGGCCAAACAGCGGAUCCCUCCUUCACCCUCUGCUCCUAGGCCCAGACACCCCUGGACAAUUCCUCCGGCGGCCUCCUUGGCCAGGCUGUCUGCUGCUGACUCCAGCCGACCCCUCGCUGCUGCGGAUCCCGCCUUGCCGCCCACUCGAGACGCUUUUUGGGGGGUUCCAUUUCGCUGUUGACUUUGCAGUCGAGCCCAUUGACCGCCCAGCCUGCGUCUCUCCUGGCUUCCUCCCCCGCCCCUGGGCAAACGCGAUGAAAGCAGGGCAGCGCGAGGGCCGGGCAGAGGCCAUAGGAGCGUGAAGCGGAGCCGCUGUUCACCAGGACACAAGCGACUCAAAGCUGGGAGAGAGGGGGGCGGGUUCGUGCUGCAGCCAGUGCCCCCGGGUCAGCCGGGGCCGGUGCUGAGCAGGGCACUGCCUGGAGGGGAAGAACAACACAUCCUCACUCAUCAAUAUCCGGAGGGAAAUAAACCCUCAUUGGCUUCAUUUGGCAGCUGGCCGGCGGCGGGCUCUGGAGGUGACAGCGCCUCUUGCAGGCCACAGUCAUGAGGUGCAGGUUUCAGAGACUCCAGUGACGGCGAGGAACAAAUCGGAAGCCACCGGCUAACUGGGGCUGGCCCCUCCUCACCUGAGCGCCUUCUCUGCCACAGGGCUCGGUGCCCAGGCCGACUCCCAGCCCGUCUAGCGGGAGAGUCCCUGGUGGCUGCCCCGAGAGGCGGCGCUCCUCUGGGCUGGAACGAGCCCUCGUCCCAUAACUCUUCCUGGGGCUGCCUUGGGCCCGGUCUCCACCCAUCACAGCCCCGGAUGCUCUUUGCCUCCAAAUCCAGAUCUUAACUCCACGUUCUUCUGUCUGACUGUCCCACCACCGACUCCUCCGAGCAAGGACCCUGCCCAGCCCGCCUCCGCCAGGAUGAACGAGAUCCCGGACCUGGCGUCCCAGUCCUCCUUGGGGGUGGUCUCUGCCACCUGCGUCUCCAAAGUGGAGCUGCGGGUCAGCUGCAAACACCUGCUCGACCGGGACACGCUCAACAAGUCGGACCCCUGUGUGGUGCUGCUCAUGCAGUCCCAGGGCCAGUGGAUGGAGGUGGACAGGAGCGAGAUCAUCAAGAGCAACCUUCACCCCGUCUUCUCCAAGGUCUUCACGGUGGACUAUUACUUUGAGGAAGUGCAGAAGCUGCGGUUCGAGGUGUACGACAGUCACGGGCACUCCAGCCUCGGGACACACGAUGACGACUUCCUGGGGGGCAUGGAGUGCACCGUGGGCCAGAUCGUGGCCCAGAAGCGGGUGACCAAGCCGCUGUUUCUCAAGUACGGGAAGUACGCCGGCAAGUCCACUAUCACGGUGCUGUCAGAGGAGAUUUCCGGCAACAACGGCUAUGUGGAGCUGGCGUUCCGGGCCAAGAAGCUGGACGACAAGGAUCUCUUCAGCAAGUCGGAUCCUUUCCUGGAGAUCUACCGGAUCAACGACGACGGGAGUGAGCAGCUGGUGUACCGCACCGAGGUGGUCAAGAACAACCUGAGCCCCGUGUGGGAACCGUUCAAGGUCUCGCUGAACUCGCUGUGCAGCUGCGAGGAGAAGAGGAAGCUGAGGUGUGUGAUCUGGGACUACGACUCCCGGGGAAAACACGACUUCAUCGGAGAGUUUUACACCACGUUUGAGGAAAUGCAAAAAGCAAGUGGGGAGAACAAGGUCCAGUGGGACUGCAUGAACCCAAAGUACAAAAUCAAGAAACGAAAUUACAAGAACUCAGGCGUGGUCAUCUUACUGGAUCUGAAGCUCCACAGGGUCUACUCCUUCCUGGAUUACAUCAUGGGCGGAUGCCAGAUCCACUUCACGGUGGCUAUUGACUUCACGGCGUCGAACGGAGACCCCCGGAACAGCUGCUCCCUCCACUACAUCAACCCCUACCAGCCCAACGAGUACCUGAAGGCCCUGGUGGCAGUGGGAGAGAUUUGCCAGGACUACGACAGCGAUAAGAAAUUCUCCGCCUUAGGGUUUGGUGCAAGGAUCCCACCCAAGUACGAGGUUUCCCAUGAUUUCGCCAUCAACUUCAAUCCGGACGAUGACGAGUGUGAAGGAAUUCAGGGCGUGGUGGAAUCCUACCAGAACUGCCUGCCGAAAAUCCAGCUCUACGGCCCCACCAACGUGUCCCCCAUCAUCUCCAAGGUGGCCAGGGUGGCGGCGGCGGAGGAGAGAACGAAGGAGGCCUCUCAAUACUACAUCCUGCUGAUCCUGACGGACGGGGUGGUGACCGACAUGGCAGACACGCGGGAGGCCAUCGUGCGGGCCUCCUACCUCCCCAUGUCCAUCAUCAUCGUAGGGGUGGGCAACGCGGACUUCACCGACAUGCAGAUCCUGGACGGGGACGACGGGGUCCUGCGCUCCCCGAAGGGGGAGCCCGUCCUCCGGGACAUUGUGCAGUUCGUCCCCUUCAGAGAGUUCAAGAACGCCUCGCCCACGGCUCUGGCGAAGUGCGUGCUGGCCGAGGUGCCGAAGCAGGUGGUGGAGUAUUACAGCUACAAGGCCCUGCCGCCCCGGUGUCUCAAAGCCGAUUCGCCCAACUCCACCCUCAACUCGCCCCAGUGAGGGACCGCCCCCCUCCGGCGCCCCUGCCCCGCCGUCGUCCCUCAGCCCGUUCCACGAUGGACAAAGAAAUAAAAGGCAAAGGAGAGCAAGAGUGUGUUGCUGUCUGAAUCGUACAGGCUCCCCCCCGCAGCAAGCGCGGGGCCCCAGGCAGCCUCCCCCACCGCCCACACGCCACGCUGCACCCCCUGCCUCCCCCGGCCCUCUGAAGGACCCAGCCAGUGAGCUGAGCCAGCAAUGCAAAGGCACAUGGGAAGCGGGGCGGGGCGGGCAUGCCUUGCUGGUUUCUCACUCGGGAUGGGUCCCUGCUCAGUUUGACAAUGAGCGGCCGGCUUCUGGGCGUGAUGCAGUGACCUGGCCUUGGGUGCAGAGAGGUGGGUGUUUGCAGUGUGAUGGAAUCAGGCAGGCAAGGGGA